AAAUGCUAUUGAAAAUGUUUUCUUACGAUGUCACAUUCAAAUUAAUACGUGAAAAUUUUUUAUACGAAAUUUUUUGUACACCGUAUUAUAUAUACUGUUAUUUAAGUGUUUAAUCUAAAUUUUAUGUUUCAAAAAAAUGCGUGAGAGACGAAGAUCAGAUAUACGAAAUGAUGAAUUCAAAAUAGAAUUGGCAAAAUUUUUGAAGGAUAAAGAUGUACCACAAUGGUUUCGCGCCUUCUCCACUUUCCAACUCAAUGCCGCGGACAAGCUGAUGUCAGCCAUACGUGACGAUGUCGAGCAGGAUACCGCACAUCGUGUACGCUAUUGCCUCAGUGUCUUGGGUUUGUCGCCGUUGCUCAGCAAUAAGAAUUUAAAACUGAUAAUGCAAAUAAGUGGUGGCAAUGAUUUGGCCUUCUUGUGGUUCUUAAUGGAAUGUCACUAUAAGACGCCAAAUGAGAAUGAGUAUAGUCUCAAUGAACAGUUAAUACUCUCAGCUAUUGCACAUUUGGAUAUGAUCACGACAUUACGUGGCUUAGAUGGGCUCUUGCCACGUGGCCACAAAUCAAAGCGCACUAUAGCGAAAUACAAUGCAAAUAUAGUGAAUAAAAAUUUACCAAAACCAAAGCGCAUUGUAAAAGAGGGUAAGCUCACGCCAUAUUUUCAACGGUUGGAACGGCCCAAAAUGAUACAUGAGACACACAAAUUGAAACGACCCGAUUAUAAGGUGAAAUUUCGAGCAUAUGAAAAAUACAAGGAUAUCAAUUAUGAACCGCCAAAUGAGAAGAAUCGUUGGUUUGCUAUGUAUACGUUCAAGGAAACCGUACGCAUACCAUUGGCUGAGCUUCGCUUGUAUUUUGAUGGUUUCUUUAAAGAAAUUGGUACACACAAUGCAAGCGAAAAAGCAGCAAUAAGUAUAAUUGAUUCGGCGUUAAGAAAUUUAGAUACUUAUAGUGAGAAGACAAGUCUAUGCCUACAUCACCAAAGGGAGCUGGAAAUCUUGGAGCAGAAAAGACAUGUGCAGAGAGUGGAAGAGCGGCAAAAAUGUUUGGAUGGUUUGCAAAAAUUUGAAAAGAAGAACAAGGAGGAGAGAAUAGCACGCAUGCAUGAAUCUCUGGACAAGGAAGUAGCUAUUUAUCGUUCCAAAUACAAAGAUAAAUCGAAGAUUAAAAAAGGUUAUUUACAUAUGUUAACCAAAGAUGAUUACGAGGAAUAUUCGAUAAAAGAUGAUGAUGAUGACAGCGAAUGCGAUUGCGCAUUGGUGCCAUCCUCAACGGAGGCGUACAACGAACGCGUCAAGCAUAUUGCACGAAGCAUCGCUAGCACGCAGUCACAAGGUCGGCAAGGUCCCAAAAGUCAAUCGCGUCUACUCGGUGGUAGUAGCGGUGGGAAACGCGACACAGUUACAAGCUUUUUUGAUGCGAAACAAAGUAUGAUGCUAAGCGAAACCGAUAAGCUAUAUAUAAAAAAGUUUAAUUAUGGACAUCGUAAGAUGACCACGCCCAAGCCAUCGCAACUGUUCUUUGAAUCGCCCACCGGCAAUCAACCGUAUAAAUUUAAUUAUGAUAAAAUAUUCAAUUGUGAAUAUUAUUUUAAUCGAGAUAAAUUUAUCAAGAAAGUGUGUGCACGUAUGCUAGAGGACGAUGACAAGGAAGAGAUCGGUCGGUGUUAUGAUAUGCCGAAUGUUGGCGAGGUGGCGCGUAAAUAUGCCGAUACGAAAUGGGAUGAGCAACAGGUGGUAAUGCGACAAGAAUAUCGUGUCACACGAAAAGCCAUCGGACUGGCAUCGAUCGAAAAUUUAGAAGCCCAACAACAUGAGGUGGAGUUACCCGAGGGUAUACCGGCACAAGGUUUUUACGAUUGUGAGGACAAAGAAUUGAUGCAUCGCAUGUUGGGCGCCGCACUCGCUCAUUUAGCGAAGAAUCCCAAAUAUGUGUUGGCUUCUUUGCCAGAUUGCCACAAGUUGCCGAUACUGCGUGAAUGGAUCUAUCAGCGUUACGGCAAGCGGUAUACACAUGCAGAACGUGUUGCUGACUUUGCACAUUCGCGUAAAAUGUUAAUGGGUAUUAAUAAUAUGAAGUUAGGUGUUAAGAUACCAACCACAAGGGAUGUUGGCAAAACUGCAUAUCUUACAUCGAAGUCCCCAUGUCUUAAGUACAUGCGCAAGAAGGUGCAACGUUUGCGUGAUAUUUACUUUCAAGAUACUAAUAAGGCUCAUAUGGAAAAUGCACGCCUAAUGUGGCUUACAAUGAACAAUGCUAUGUGUUCGAUAUCUCAGCGUGAUAUAUUCUUCUCCUAUAUGCCGCAACGUAUGAACGAUUUACAUCAUAUGAAUCCAUGGAAGCUAAGAGAAGUUAAGGAUAUGAAAACUUUGUAUGAAAAAAGAAAAAAGGAGCAGCGAGCGAAGGCUAAUUAUGAAUAUUUCGUUCGAAAAACUCAAAUAUAUCGCGGAAACAAAUUAUUAUCUAUUUAUAAUACCAUAUUUUCGCAAAAUUUACUUAAUAAAAUGUUAAGUUCGCGUAAGGAGAAACAGUUUCUCUUUAGCUUUAUGAAUGAUCGGGAUGUGCCAGCUUGGUAUCGUGGUACAUCGCCAUUUCAAACAGAGGCUGCCGAUGAGCUUGCGAAUUCAAUACGCGACGAUUCCGCUCAGGAAACAUCUCAUCGCGUACGUAAUUGUCUCAAUCGACUCGGUCUAAUACCAGCUGUACACGAUAAGGAUCUAAAAAUGCUUAUGAAAUUGAGUGGCGGUAAUGAUUUGGCUUUCUUGUGGUUUCUUAUGGAAUUAUAUUAUAAAAUGCCUGGUGAUGAAUAUAGCAGCCUAAAUGAACAAUUAAUACUAACGUCGAUAGCACAUCUUGAUAUGGUCACUACAUUACGUGAAUUGGAUAAUAUUUUACCGCCCGGACACGCUUCCAAACGGCAAUUGGAAAAGCGAAGAAAGCAAAGGUUAAGAGAUAAAAGUUGGCAAGGACAACCACAGAAGCUAUCGAAAAAACAUUCAUCACCAUACUUUAAUAAGCUGGAAAGACCCGUACAAUAUGGUAAACCCCUCGAAGUGGAAAGACCGGAUUUUAAGGUGAAAUUCUUUCGUUAUGAAAUCUAUAAGGAUCCAAAUUAUGUGCCACCAAACGAGGAAAAUCGUUGGUAUGCCAGACAUGUUUUCAAUUCGGCCAAACGCAUUUCAAAUAUAACAAUACGUGAUGUUCUCAAUAAUCUCGGCGAUCAUUUUGACUUAAUACCGAGUAUAUCCAAUAGAGCUUUAGAGGUCAUUAACUAUGCAUUGAGUAUGCAUGAUAUGAAAAAUAUGAAAAAUAAAGUUUUGUGUAAGAAGCAUCAAGACGAAGAGGAAGAAGCACGACUACGGCGUACACGGUUCAUAUUAAAACAACGAGAAAAAUGUGUUGAAACUCUCCCGUUGUUUCGUAAGAAAAAAGAGGCACAACGGGAAAGAAUACAGAAAAUGCUUGAUACUGAUGUGGAAAUGUAUCGUCUACACUACCAAAAACAAUUGCGCUCACACAAAGGUGAUCAAACCUAUAUACGACUACUCGACAAAGACGGUUAUUGUGAGCAUUUAAUUGAAGAUGAUCAGGAAGAGAAUUGUAGUCCUAUUGGACCAUGUCCUGGAACACCUUCUCUUCUGUCGAUGGUGGCUAGUCAUAUAUCAAGAUAUGCUCAAUUAUCGGAUAGCAAAUUAAAUGAACUGAGUAAAGUCGAAUCGUUAUUGAUGAACAGAACUCAUCGUUUAUCAUUUGGACAAAGAGAUUCUCAACGGUAUCAAUAUCUCAAUACAACUCCAACACCACCAUCAUCGGAACGUUAUUUUGUGGGUCCCACCGAUAAUAAACCAUAUCAUUUUAGUUACACGAAAAUAUUUCGUUACAAAGAUGAAAAUGAUAAACGAAUAUUUAUUAAAGAAAAAUGUGUGGAAGCAAUGGAAAAUAAAGAGCCGCAUAUACCGAAGUUGGAUGAUCUAACGCCAGAUUUGGCUAAAUUGGCAAAGAAAAGUGCGGAUCAAACGUGGGAUGAAAAUAAAGAAGAAAUGCUACAGGCGGAUGUAAAUAAUGUAUUACAGGAAUCACCACUACCUGUGGAUCCCUAUCCGCCUGAUAUGCCACGUUUACCAUUCUACGAUUGUGAAGAUACCAAGCUAAUGAAUGAAAUGUUAAGAAUUGCAUUAGUUCAUAUGAGAAAAAAUCCAAAAUAUGUACUAGCCUCAUUGCCAGAUGCCGACAAAUUGCCAAUGCUACGUGAAUGGAUUUAUCAACGCUAUGGCAAAAGAUAUACGCGUGCACAGCGUAUUAAGGAAUUAAAUAACUCCAUAAAAAUAAUGAAUGUAUUACAAAAAUUGAAAUUACGCGCGGUACUUCCUAAAUCAACUGAAAUUGGCACACAGUAUCUUCAAAGUUAUAAAUGCCAUAAAUAUAUCAUGAAAAAGGUGGGCAUAGCACGCCGACAAUUUUAUGAUCGUGUCAAUUCGGAUCUAUUGAAGCGAGCACGUUUUUUCUGGUUUGCGUUGCGUAUUUCGCUAUGUGCACUACCAACACGUGCAACAUUCUUUGCUUAUUUACCAGCAAGACAAGUUGAUAAUUAUAUUUUUAAGCCAUGGAAACUAUCCGAACGUAUGGAAGCUAAGGCAGAAUGGGAAAAAAGGCGUACCAAGGCACCGAGGGAUAAAUAAGAUUCUAUAUAAAAAUAAUAUUAAUUAACACAAAAACGUAUGAAAAAUUAUAUAAGUAUGAUCAAUUUGAACUAAAACAA